AGAGAGAGAGAGAGACAUGAUUUCAUUUCAGGGCGAGCGUGCACAACUGAAGAAUGAGAAUGAGAAAGCGAGGGAGGAAGGUGGAGCCACAAGGAGAGAGAGAGAGAGAGAGAGAGUGAGAGAGAGGCAACUGAGCGCGCUCAGAUGAGUCUGUCAGCAGACGGAGGAGUCAUACAGACCAGAGAAGGACUCGAACCACCGACCUUCUUACAUGCAACCUGAUAUUCUUUAACACAAAAAGGAGGAGGAGGAGGGAAAAGAGAAGGCUAAAAAGCCAGACGAAGAGGAGGAGGGAGAAGAAGAAGAAGAAGGAGCAGGAGGAGAGGAGUGUCUGCAGAAGAAACAGGUGACUGUCUCCAUGGCAACAGGUGUGUGCGUGUUGCUGAGCCUGUGGGCUGGUCUGUGCGUUGCAUCAAAUCUGGACACGUCGUUCCCGCUGCUGAAGACCGGAAGAGAUGAUAGUCUUUUUGGACUGUCUGUUGCUCUGCAUCGAGACCUGAAGACGGACACUUACCUAUUAUUAGUCGGAGCUCCCACGGAGAAGGCGGAUGUUAAUGUGCCAGCCAAUAGGACGGGAGGAGUUUACAGCUGCCCAAUCACAGCUGACCAAUCAGACUGUAGCAGGAUAAAGCUCAUUGACCCAGACCAGAUUCUAUCUCGUGAUCGGGUUGAGGAUAUGUGGCUGGGUGUGUCAGUGGCCAGUCAGGGACCGCCUGGGGGGCGGGUCUUGGCAUGCGGUCAUCGCUUCAUUAAACUGUAUGGCGCAUUCAAUCUCAGACAAAUGAUUGGCCGCUGUUACGUCAGAGGAAACGACCUGCAGUAUCAGGAAGAAGACAUGCAGUGGCAGAACCCGGAUCAAAUCUGCAGUCAAGUGGGUGAUGUCCACAGUGAGGUCAUGUGUACCAUGGGGAUUUCUGCAGCCAUCACUCAGACUGAAAUCAUAGUUGGCACACCCGGAAGUCACACAUGGCAAGGUAACGUCCAUGUUUCUUGGAUAAAUCCAGACGAGCUUUAUGACACACGGAGGACCUCCUUGCCAAACAUGGACCUCGGGAACCUUUAUAUAGGAUAUUCAGUCACUCAGGCUUCUCGUCUUCUCUCUCAGGAUGAAGAAACCAUAGUAACAGGAGCUCCAAAAGACAAUAAAGAUGAUGCUCGCGGCUCCGUGCUGCUGGUGGCCAAACAUCCCAAGCAGCUGAUGGUACAGCAGACUCUGCGGGGUGAACAGACCGGCUCGUACUUCGGUAAUGCCGUGGCAACCAGCGACCUCAAUAAUGACGGGUGGAACGACCUGCUGGUGGGCGCUCCUUUUUACUUCCAGCAUCAGCAGGAGGCGGGUGGGGCUGUUUACGUUUACAUGAACACAGGAGGUCGGUUUGAUUCUGCUCCCAGUGUGGUGCUGAGAGGACCAGCCGGGUCUGCGUUUGGCAUGGCUAUUUGUGCAGCCGGAGAUCUGAACCAAGAUGGCUUCCAGGACUUCGCAGUUGGCGCUCCUUUCCAUGAAUCAGGAAGUGUGAUGAUCUGGACCGGGAGCAAAGAUGGGGUCUCUACAGAGCCGAGCCAGGUGAUCUGGGGCAAAAAGGUGUCUUCGGGGUUCAGGACUUUCGGAUACUCCCUCUCUGGAGGUGUGGAUGUUGAUGGGAACAAAUAUCCUGACCUGCUGGUGGGCUCUCUGGACAACACCGUUGUUCUGCUCAGAACUCGUCCAGUGGUUCACCUCAAUAAAACCCUCAGAGUUUCUCCAGAGAGAGUCGACCCCAAGACUUGUGACUACUGUAUUCAGGUGGAGGUGUGCUUCUCCUACAUGUUCAGCACUGGAGAGAAGAGCAACAGAGACAACAUCACUGUCAACUUCACUCUGACCGCUGACGUGACCAGCCUCAAGCCCCGCCUCCGUUUCCUUGACGGUGGGCUGAACGUGUACUCUGGUUUCCUGUCGAUGCCGAAGAAACGAUGUAAAACCCUGAAAGUGGACCUUCUGAGUUCAAUCCGAGACAAAGUGAAACCUCUGGUGUUCUCUUUGAACGCCUCUCUGUACGAGAAACUUCCAGAGAAAAGAAACCCUGUACAGGACCUUAAACACUUCCCAGUGCUGAGCCAGACGCCUCAACCUAUCAGAUCACAGAUCCACAUCAAGAAAGCUUGUGGUUCUGAUAACCGCUGCCAUAGUAACCUACAGAUGACCGCCCACUUCACAGAUGAGAACCAGAUACCUUUUCCCAAGGAGAAGGACAGUCAGAUGUGGAACUACAAUGGCAGUAUUAACCGAUUGUUCCUAGAGGUUAAUGUCAGCAACACAGCGUCACCGGGGCGUCUAGCAGAGGAUGCUCAUUAUGCUGCUUUAAGUAUAAGCAUACCACGGUUCCUCAUAUACUCCGGGGUCCGAACAAAGCAAGGCGUCAAGGCAGUAGUGGAGUGUUCUGUUGAGGAUACAGUUCUUGUUUGUGAGCUGGGAAAUCCAUUUAAAAGCAAUCAGAAGGUUCAGGUUUUGAUUAUUUUUCAGCCGUCUGAGAUCAGUUUAGACACCAGAGAGAUUCAGUCUGUGUUGCAGCUGUCCACGCUCAGUGAGCAGUCAGAUCUGUUUCCCGUCUCCGUCUCCAUGUUGGUGGAUUAUUCACUACAGACGUCUCUUAAUCUAAUAAAUCCACCAGGCUUCACCUCCUUCAGUGGUGAUGUGAUCGGUGAGUCGGCAAUGAAAACCACAGAGGAUGUCGGCAGUCUGGUGCUUUUUACUUUGCAGGUCCACAUCAAAGGGAAGCCAUUGGGUCAUCUUGGUAACCUUGGGGUGGAGUUUGAUUGGCCAAUGGAGGUGUCCAACGGGAAGUGGCUGCUGUACCUCGCAGAGAUCCAAGUGAACGGUACAUCACAGCCUCACUGUGCUCCGCCCGGGAACAUAAUCAACCCCCUCAACCUCAAGCUGUCAAAGGAGGACCAGAAGGAGAGGAGGAGGCGGAGUCUGGAGGAGAAAGGGAAUGAGACAAAGGACUCCAAGGGUGGAAAAACUCUUCCUGUCCUCCACCUGCAGGGACUGAAAAGGAAGUCCUACACUCUGGACUGUGUCCAUGGGGCUAAAUGUGUGAAGUUUAUCUGUCCGCUGGUCAACAUGAACAACUCAGCGACCCUGACUGUCAGAGCACGACUGUGGAACUCCACCAUGAUUGAGGACUACAGUGAUGCUAGGACUGUGUUGGUCCGAAGCCAGGCAACUUUGAAACUGCAGACUAGCAAACCCACCAUCAGCAUGGAGUCUCACAGCACAGAGAUUGAGAUCACCAUUUAUCCAGACCAGGGGCAGCAGGUGGACUCCGGCGCCCCACCGUGGAUAAUGGUGGUGUCUGUCCUAUCAGGAGUCUUACUACUGGCUCUGAUCUGCCUGCUGCUUUGGAAGUGUGGUUUCUUCAAGAGAGCCAGCACCAGAGAGCUGUACCAGCCAAAGACCCAGAAAGCCCACAUGAAGAGCCAGCCGUCUGAGCAUGAGAGGCUGGACCAGGAGCUCUGAGGCUGGGUUCACUGCUGCCAGAGAGCCCUGCUUGUGGUUUCUUUGAGCGCCGGAGUACGUGGCGGGCUACAGUGCUCCACCAGGGGAGGAUUCUGGAUAAAGACCAGCAGCAGCAGCAGUAUACUGACGCUGAUGGUUUCCUGAUCCAAGACCAAGCAUCAUCAUCCAGAGGCAGGAAGUCCCCGAAACACUGGGUCACCUCCUGGACUGAGACAAACUAAGGCUGCGUUCACACUGCAGCCAAUAGUGACCUGAAUCUGACCACAUUUAAAAAGUGAUGUAAACAGCCAAACAAAAAAAUCAGAUCUGAGCAAAAAAACCAGAAUUGAGAAUUAUGGCUUGCAGUGUGAACGCAGCCUAAGAGACCAGAGAUAUCCAUGGCAUUAGAUUCUGAACUGGACCAACGUAUUGUGAACCAGACCAAACCAGUUCCACACAGAACUGGGCCGAACCAUACCAAAACAUCCUGAAUGGAACCAACACAUCCUGACCAUGAUCGAGCCAGACUAACAAAUCAUGAACUACACCAAACCAGAUCAGCACAUCCAGAACCCUACCAAGUCAUCCUGAACCAGACUGAGCCAGACUAACCCAUCAUAAACCCGAAAAAACAAAGACAAAUACAUCCUGUACCGGACCAAACUAGCCCAACACACCCUGAACCACACUGGGCCCAAUCAACACAUGAACUGCACCAAGUCAGAGCAUCUCAUUAUGUACCGGACCAAACCAUAAAAUACGUCAAUGACCGGGCCAAUUCAGACCAUUCCAUCCUGGACCAGAUCAAACCACAAGAUCAUCACAUCCUGAACCACACCAAUCUAUCCUGGACCAAACCAAACCAGAAAGGGGCCUUCUGAAUAGGACCAAACCAGACCAACUCAUACUGAAAAAAAACUAAAUACAACAUUGACCCGACCAAAUCAGAACUAAUAGUUAACUAAGCCAAAAAAAUCUGAAACUGGACCAACACAUCCAAACCAGAUGAACAAAGCCUGAAUCAGACCAAGCGAGAUAAACAAAUCCUAUAAAGGACCAACACAUCCUAAACCAGUCCAAA